CGGCCCGGGGCGGCCGCGGGUGGAGGGGGCGGUUCCUCGAGUGUCGGCGGCAGGAGGGUUGGCAGGCUGGCGGCAGGUGCUGCCGCGGCCACUGCCGCCGCCGCCGCCGCCUCCGCCUCCUCCGAGUCCCGGGUCUGCUCGUCCUCUCGCGGUGAUGAGCUGAGCCCCGUCGGGGGCUGCACCUGCCGGCUGCCCAUCACCCCGGACCUCCCGGCGUGACCUCGGCCUCCUCGCGUGCCCGGCCCCCGCGGCUCCGAGCUGCCCCUGAGAGGGAGCGGCAGCGGCCUCCUCCGACCCGAGUUAUCGCUCGGGGGCCGAGCAGGGAGAGCGCCCGGCCCCCUCCCCUCCCCAGUCCGCCGUCCUCGAUGUCUCCCCGGCGGGGAGGGGGCUGCCUGGGAGACGCGCUGAGCGGCCCCCCCCGGAGGCCCGUCGGCGGCAGCAACAGCGACCAGCCCGGCGACCCGAAGCCUCCCCCGGCGGCGGCGGCCUGGAGGAGCCGCGCACCCGCCGCCGCCCCCGGAGCCUCGCAGCCGCCGCCGCCGCCCGGCGCCGGAGGAGAGGGCGGCGGGCGCCCCCCAGGGAAGAUGAAGGCGGAGGGGGGCGACCACUCCAUGAUCAACCUGUCGGUGCAGCAGGUCCUGAGCCUCUGGGCCCACGGGACGGUGCUGAGGAACCUUACGGAGAUGUGGUACUGGAUCUUCCUCUGGGCUCUCUUCUCCUCUCUGUUUGUCCAUGGUGCUGCAGGAGUGUUGAUGUUCGUGAUGCUACAGAGGCAUCGGCAGGGGAGAGUAAUCUCUGUCAUUGCAGUCAGCAUCGGAUUUCUGGCUUCCGUGACUGGAGCAAUGAUUACUAGUGCAGCAGUCGCCGGCAUUUACAGAGUGGCAGGGAAGAACAUGGCCCCCUUGGAAGCACUGGUGUGGGGCGUUGGACAGACCGUACUGACAUUAAUCAUCUCCUUUUCAAGGAUUCUCGCCACACUCUGAGGUUUCUGUGGGCAUGUCUUACUUCACAUAAGGAAGCAGAUGUACAGAUUCUCUGAAAAUGGCAUUGUUAACAAGGGAAUGAAAUUGUACAAGAAUGUGGAAGGAGCAGGUCAAAACAUAAGGCCUUGAGCUGUGUGGGAAGAUUGCCCUCUGGUGUUCAAGUGAUUGCACUACCGCACCGCACCUUACGUGCCUCCGUCCCAGGCAAGGCGCAUGACACUACGUGAAGCUACAAGAAAAAGCACCUUGUUUAGCUGCCAAUCAGGUUAACACUGGCGUUGAAUCAUCGUUCUUAACAGUGUUGUGUUAAGUUACAGGGACGUUUUGAAGAAUUGACAUAUGUGCCAAACUCUUUUCUUUUUUUUUAACAUUGAUCAUGUGAAAUUUGCAAGUGUAGAUGUAGAUGAGUGCUGUGAACAUAUCUGACAUGAAUUCAGGUGGUGUAGUGAGAUUUUUGUUUUGUAAUGCUAAAUCCCGUAUGAGUGCUGCAUACCGAAUCAUUUAAUAGGAGACAAAUUAUUUGAUUUUUAAUGUUGAACGUUUCUGGGAUUUAGGGCUUUCAUAUAAAUUAGGCAUUAUUGUUACUUACGUGAAAAAUAAUACUUAAUGGAAAACUGCUGAACUCUUUUAAGGACUCAAAGUAGAUCUAUAGGGUGCAUCCUUUUCACUCACUUAAGUAACACUCUUUUAAUAGUUUCCCUCAUACAUAAACAUUCUAUUGAUAUGAAUUUAAAAACUUUAUGGGUCAUACACAUUGAUUGUAGCUUGUGUGUCACAAAAGUAUAAUUUGAAAAUUUUCUUAUAAAUUUUGUAAGAAAUCUGAAAUGCACGUUGCAUUCUUGACCCUUCUAAAGAAAGUUUUUGCCAUGUAGCUCAUGGAGGAAACAUCUUUACAACUAGUAUCUCAGUGGGAUUAUAUCACUUGUUGCAUAUACCUUGAUUUUUGACAAAACGUAAGCAGUCUUUCAUUCUAGAGUAUUAACUGUAUUUAAAGAGUGGCCUAAAUUAGGCUAUGAAAACAAGAAGCCUCAUUGGUAGAUAAGAAACAUAUAGGAAGAGUAAUAAGCUAUCUUACUUUGGGUAUGUGGUAGCAUCAUAAUUUCUCUGAGUAAAAAUUGGGGAAUAUAGUAAAUAAUUAUAAAAUUUGGCAACAAAUCUCAGCAUAUCAACACAGUAUUGAAUGCAUACUUGAGUUAUUCAUUUCAGUUGUUCAGCUCUUGUUUUAUGCUGUUAUUUAAGUUUACUAGAAUCUGUGAUGACAUUUAUUAGAAUGAAAAAAUCCUUAGAGGUUUUAAGAGGUUUUGGCAAUAUGUAAUUGUAUUUAAGAGUACAAGAAGUAAGGGCAACACAGAACGUGGUGGAAUUUGUCUCCUACUGAGAUUUUUUUAAUACCAGGUACAAUUAUAUAUAUGGUAACUCAAAGGAAGAGCCAACUGCAGAAAAUAUAAGUUAAGGACAAUCCAAACAAUAAUCUGAUACUCUAGCCUCACUGUUUUAUAACCUAAUUUGGAAAAACGUACAUUUCUAUUAGGUUCCAUGCAAAUAUAAGACCUUUGUUACCCACGGCACCGUUUCUCCACCAAAAAGCUGAGUAGUAUCAACAACUCACCGAUGAGGAACUGGGGGUAUUUUACCAGUACGGAAGCCAGUUUGGGGCGGUGCGGGAGUUUAACAACACUGUGGCUUGGAAAUUUGUUUUUAAAAACCCAAGAAGCAAGUAUGCAUUCUUAGAGAUCUUUAAAGUAAAUCUUAAAAUUGAUUCUUUUUAUUAUGUUCAAGCCUGAAAUUGUUUUCAUGUGUUCUUUAUAUUCCGGACAUUUUCCUAAAUUAAAUUUAGGCCUAAAUCUUCCAAGUCAAUUUGAUUUUUCCUUUUCUGUUAGACUUGAAUUGUGUUCUUCCUUUACUUUGGUUAUUCGUUAAAUUCUUUAAAUUCUUUGGUCAAUAAUUUAAAGUGUUCAUAUUCUUUGGGAGGAAUUACCAGUAAUAUGUUGAAAUGGUUUGAGAUCUACAGAAAUGAAUAUUUAUUUUAACACAUGGUUAUUUUAUGUUUCAGAAAGUUACCAUGGUAAGGUAACAUGGAACACAUGGUUCAGAAUCUGAAAUUAGCCAGAAAAUAACUUGGACACAUUAAGUGUAUGGCUGCAUGGACCAAAGAGAAUGAAACUCCUGUUUCUGCUCUAGAAUGAAGUAUGAGAAGGUGGAUCAGUUUGUAGAGUGUCCUGCAGUUAUCUCAUUAUCAAGUUGCUUUACGUUAUGAGGAGUGUGUGUGUGUGUGUGUGUGUGUGUGCGCUUUUAACUUUUGGGGGAAUUUUUGGUUUCUCUGUUGUUUUUAGUUGCUUCCAUUGGGAUUUUGUGCAACUGUUACUAUUUCGAUGUUUUGAAAUGCAGUUGAUAGUGUGAAUUGAUGAAAUGUCUUAAUAGCUGUUUCUGUGAUGAGAUUUUUAAAAUGUUAUUGGUUUUCUUAUAGAGACAAGUAACAUUUAAUGAUAUAUAUCUACAUACACAUAUAUCAUUAUAUACACAUAUAUAUAUAAAGCUGCUAUAUAUGAAUACAGUCUAAUUGGAAAGCUUUUGUUCAAUGAACACUUGGACAUUAUCGUGGAGAACUUGAUACAUUUGCUCAGUUGAGUGAUCUUUUAAAUCAGUUUAAGGAACUUUGAGAUUUUUUAAUUUGGGGAAAGUUUUCUUGGUUUAAUAGUGGUAGAGAUCCUUGUUUGUGAUGUGACAAAAGCCCUUAUUGAUGUAUUUGGGUUAAAUCUUCUUAAAAUUUACAUGUGACUUAGCAGUAAAUUUUCUUUGUGAAAAAUGCAGGAGGGAAGGGGAGAAUCCUCUGCAGUUUACACUUCGUUAUUUUUAAAAAUGCUUAAUAAAAUAUUGCUGACAGUGAAAUCAGUUCCUCAGAGAAGAGACUCCUAUAUGCCCAAACUAAUUGUUAAUUAGUUAACACAGGGAGUUAACAUAAGGAGAGUCCUAAAUGGUGGCCAUAUUCAGUGUUUGUAGGUUAAUUAUUCUUACUUUAGAUCUUAGUGUUUACUGAACAGUGUUAUAGUUUGUAACCCAAUGUACUUUCUUAGUAUUUGCAGCAUACAUUUCUACUGCCCCCCCAAAAUGUGAGGGUUUUGUUUGUACUUUAAGUGAGAAAUAAAGAAAUGAGCUGCCCUGUG